CCGGCUGACAGUCACCUGUGAAUAAACACGACGUUUGUCUCUGCGCUCACUAGAUUUACACUUUAUUCCUCACUCACCUCUAAACUUGCUGAACAUGGGAUUCCUGCUGACUAAGAUGAUGGCUGCGUUCUGUGAAACAGCAGACCACAAAGUCAUCAUUGUGGGUUUGGAUAAUGCAGGAAAGACAACCAUCCUCUACCAGUUUCUCACAAAAGAAGCUGUCCACACGUCACCGACCAUCGGAAGCAACGUUGAGGAGAUCAAAGUACGCAACAGCAGCUUCUUGGUUUGGGAUAUUGGUGGACAGGAGAGCCUUCGAGCCAACUGGCACACGUACUACACCAACACAGAGUUUGUCAUUCUGGUUGUGGACAGCACCGAUCGGGAAAGACUCACGAUAAGCAAGGACGAGCUGCACCGGCUGCUGACACACGAGGACCUGAGGAACGCAGCCAUUCUUAUUAUGGCCAACAAACAAGACGUGAAGGGCUCCAUGACAGCAGCGGAGAUCUCCCAGUGCCUCACGCUUGACUCAAUCACAACACACUCGUGGCAUGUCCAAGCCUGCUGUGCUCUGACAGGAGAAGGCCUACCUGCCAGUCUAGACUGGAUGAGGUCACGAGUUGUUGCCAACUAGAACAUCCAUCGGAUGGAGCUUUAAACCAAACCGACCUCAUAAGCACUGCACUUUCUACAGUGUUGGAUUGUUUACAGUAUUCUGGGCCACGUUCGUUGACCAUGGAGUCCACGGUACAGUGGCCUCGCCUACAGUACAGUAUGUCUCUGCAUGGAGGUGACCUCGUUCAGGUGCAUGAGCAACGGGACGAACCUUGAACCAACCCCACACGUGUUAUGAAAUGAUCAGUCAAGCAGCAAAAGCUCCUGACUCCUUCCAUCCUUCCAAUGUCCAGAACGCAAUGUCCCAAAGAUGCUACAACAUUAUCGGAAAUAAUGGAAUAAGAUGAUUCAACUCUUUUUUUAUUCACAACGCUGGAGCAUUAACUUUUGUAAAGUGCUAUUCUUCUCAUUUUGUUUUUCUAAUAUUUAUUUUGAAUCGAUUUUUCUGAUACAAUCAUGUUGUUGGUCUGACGUUUUUGCUUCUGAAGGUUUUGUUUCAUAAUGGGCCUGAACUGCUCCCAACUUACAAAAGAGCUUUUUAGUUUUGAGAGAGAGAAGCUGCCUCAAAUAAAAACAUCUGCGGAAAAGCAAUACUGUAACUGUGGAAAAAAAAUUAUAAGCACUGUAGCACCUGAUGUAUUAAAUGAUGUUUGAGGGCUGUUUUGCUAAACAGAAAUAUGUUUUAUUUUAAAACAACAACACUGUUAAUCACUUUAUUGUAUAUGAACGUAAUUGUCCAAACAGACAAUGUCAUAUUUAAAAUGUAAUGUAUUGUCACCUUUCAAAUAAACACAAUAACACAUAA